AUGUUGACGAGUUCUAUUCCUCCCUCCUUUCUUCUCACCCGGAAAGUUUAUUUCGACUCGACUUUCUUUGAACUCUUUCUUAUAUCCUUUUUUCGUCCAUUACCACUGUCUUUUCUUUCUCGGCUCUCCUUUCUUCCUUCCUUCCUUCCUUCAUUCAAUAAUUCAUUCAUUCAUUCACACAUUCAUUCCUUACUACAACCUCCUCCUCCUUCCUCUUCGACUUCCACUUUUGUGCAUAACCAGUAUUUCUUCGUGGCCAAUAUUACCUUCGAUUCCGUCAUCGUCGCAUCUGCAACGAUUGCCGCCGUCACUGUUGUUGUCGUCCUCACCCGACGACAUUAUUUUUUUUCUAUUUUUCACAUAUCUAUCUAUAUUUCCAAUCCACUUCAUUAUCUAUCUAUCUAUCUAUCUAUCUAUCUAUCUAUCUAUCUAUCUAUCUAUCUAUCUAUCUAUCUAUCUAAUCCAGUUCAUUAUCUAUCUAUCUAUCUAUCUAUCUAUCUAUCUAUCUAUCUAUCUAUCUAUCAGCCAUUUUUUCAUUUCGGACAAAAAAUGCAAACAAAGCCAUAUUACAUGCUUUUCUUCUCUUUCGCUGACGAACUUAGACUGACACAAGGCCACUACUGCGCAUCUAUCUAUCUAUCUAUCUAUCUAUCUAUCUAUCUAUCUAUCUAUCUAUCUAUAUCUAUAUACAAAAAUGUAUAA